AUGGCGAACGUGCAGGUGGCGGUGAGGGUCCGGCCUCUCAGCAAGAGGGAGACCAAAGAAGGAGGAAGAAUUAUUGUGGAAGUAGAUGGCAAAGUGGCAAAAAUCAAGAACUUGAAGGUGGACAGUCGAGCAGAUCGCUUUGGGGACUCUCGGGAGAAGGUUUUGGCAUUUGACUUUGAUUACUGCUACUGGUCAGUCAAUCCAGAGGACCCUCAGUAUGCCUCGCAGGAUGUGGUGUUCCAGGAUUUGGGGACGGAAGUACUCUCUGGAGCUACCAAAGGCUACAACAUAUGCCUUUUUGCGUAUGGCCAGACCGGCUCUGGGAAGACAUACACCAUGCUGGGCACCCCAGCCUCCAUGGGGCUGAUGCCACGGAUAUGUGAGGGACUCUUCAUCAGGGAAGAAGACUACCCCUCAUUGCCUUCUUCCUGUAAGAUCCAAGUCAGUUUUCUGGAAAUCUAUAAUGAACGAGUACGGGAUCUGUUGACAAAAUCUGGUCAAAGGAAGUCCUAUACCCUGCGGGUCCGAGAGCACCCUGAGAUGGGUCCCUAUGUACAAGGCUUAUCUCAACAUCUGGUUACCAGCUAUAAGCAAGUAAUCCAACUCUUGGAGGAGGGAAUAGCAAACAGAAUCACAGCAGCUACGCACAUUCAUGAGGCCAGCAGCAGGUCCCAUGCCAUCUUCACCAUCCACUACACACAGGCAAACCUGGCGAACAACCUCCCCUCUGAGAUUGCUAGCAAGAUCAACCUUGUGGACCUAGCAGGCAGUGAAAGAGCAGAUCCCAGUUAUUGUAAGGACCGGAUUACUGAAGGAGCCAACAUCAACAAAUCCCUUGUGACUCUGGGGAUCGUCAUCUCCACCCUAGCCCAGAACUCCCAAGGAUUGAGCAGCUGCCAGAGCAUCAGCUGUGUAGCCAGCAGCAGGGGGACCAGUGCAGGGAGGGCCCCGCGGAGGCAGUCUUACAUCCCAUACCGGGAUUCUGUGCUGACCUGGUUGCUGAAGGACAGCCUGGGAGGCAACUCCAAAACCAUCAUGGUGGCCACUGUGUCUCCUGCGCAUACUAGCUACAGUGAAACCAUGAGCACGUUGAGGUAUGCAUCCAGUGCCAAAAACAUCAUCAACAAGCCACAGGUGAAUGAGGAUGCGAACAUAAAGCUCAUCCGAGAACUCAGGGAAGAGAUUGAGAGACUGAAAGCCAUGUUGCUGAGCUUUGAACUGAGGAACUUCUGUUGGCUGGACAGUGAAAAGGAUGGAAAUCUGAAGGAGCUAGUUCUCCAAAAUGAAUUGAAGAUAGACCAGCUGACUAAAGACUGGACUGAGAAGUGGAAUGAUUGGCAGGCUGUCAUGGAGCAUUACAGUGUGGACAUCAACAGGAGGAGGGCGGGGGUCAUGAUUGACUCUAGCCUGCCACACCUUUUGGCUUUGGAGGAUGAUGUGCUCAGCACAGGUGUUGUGCUGUAUCAUCUCAAGGAAGGGACAACAAAGAUAGGAAGGAUUGACUCAGAUCAGGAACAGGACAUUGUCCUGCAGGGUCAGUGGAUCGAGAGAGAUCAUUGUACUAUCACCAGUGCCUGUGGGGUAGUCAUUCUCCGACCCGUCCAGGGAGCUCGCUGCACAGUCAAUGGCCGAGAGGUCACUGCCUCCUGCCGCUUGACCCAAGGAGCUGUCAUAACCCUGGGGAAAGCACAGAAAUUCCGAUUCAACCACCCAGCAGAGGCUGCUAUCCUACGGCAGCGGAGGCAGGUUGGAGAGCCUGUUGGUGGCAGUGGCUCUUUGGAAUGGCUGGACUUGGGUGGAGAUGUCACUGCCUCCCAUCUGGGUGUCUGCCCUUUGCUUUGGAAAAAAAGGACAGUGCUAGAAGAGCAGUGCGGCAAGAACCACCAACUGCUGAAGGAUGGAGACACUUCCCACCGAGCCCACAUUCUGCAGCAGCCGUGUUAUGUGGAGAGUUUGAGGCACCAAAUCCUAGCAGAACAGAUUAGAGCUGAGAAGGUCCUGGGACUUGACAAGGCUUGCAUUAGCCAGCUGGUUAAAGACAACCAGCAGUGGCUGCUCAGAGAAGAGACCUGGUUGGGGGGCUUCCAGCAACAGCAGCAAGAAAGCUGUGGAGUACAGAAAGAAUGUGAGGCUCUUGUCACACCUGAUGCUUGGAUUCGGACAGAUCUUGAGCGUCAACCAUCCCAGCUGGUCCGAAGCCAGAAGAAGGUUGCUCCACUGCUGCUCCUGUGGAGACACGCUAUUCGGGCAGCAGAGGGGAGCAGUCGACGUAAGAAGGACUCAUUCCAGCUGGCAAGGGGCAUCAAGAAGCGAAGGCUCCUGGAGACCCAGAGGAGACUGGAGCAGCUCAGGGCAUUGUCCUGGCUCCAGGAUGGAGGCGCCGAGAAGCCCUCACGCUGGAUUCCCAGUUCUGAUGCCUCAGUCCCUGCGCUUCAGUGCCGAAACAAAUCAGCAAGUCACAAUUUUUUGAGCCUCCGAAAUCUCUGCAGCCAGCACUUGCCCCAGCUACACAGUGCUUUCCUGAAUUGGGAUCUGUCCACCAUAUUACCACCAAUGCCUAAUCCUACUCACCAAGUAUUAGAGAAAACCCCAUCGGAAGAACAUUUCCCCAAGGCUGCUGCUUACCCUGCCAGAACAGUACGGCUCCAUAGGAGCAGGCUCCGGUUCCCAGGCCAGAAGCAAUUUUUUGCAGCCAGAGGCGUCUUGGCCAGGAAGGGACCCCCAAUUCCAGGCACACACCUCACUGUGAGCCCCAAGUUUGUCGAAAGGGAGGGAGUGGGUAAGCAGCCCCGUGAGCUGGUGUCCCAGGGCCUAACUUCUCUGAGCCAAUCAAUUAAAAAGAUAAAGUUGAAGACUGAGCCCAAAGUCCGCACACCUACCAUGACCAGAAGGACUAAAGAAGUGACCAACCCCUCACAAGCUGAGUGGCAAAAAGAAGAAAAGCUUGGAACCCACAGACCAGUGAAAGGCUCCCCAAAUCCCCAUGUCCCCAAGCAGGCAGCUGGCCAUGGAAAGGCAGUCAAGGCUUUUCAGGAAGAAUCCAAACUACCUUCUUUAAGCAGGGCAUCAAAAAGGCAUCAAAAGUUUCUGGUAGCUAGGGUCAAAGACCUUGCCAGAACAUCCUCUCAUGUGCCACGUGGUAGUCUUUCAAAGAGACAGUAUAUUACAGGGGACCCAGACAUCAUGGCCCCACUCACAGAUUCCAGCCCUGGAAUGCGUCACACAAGAGGAAAGGACCGUCAUUUUUCUGAUACAGAUAGCAGUUAUUCGGAGGAUUCUCUCAGCUAUGUCUGUGCCAAAGCCCAGACAGAGCCACUGAACCCGGAGGACUCUAAGGAGAAGAGGUGGGAUCUCCCAGGGAUAGAGAACUCCGAAAGUGAUGACAGUCAAAUAUCCGAGGACUCACUGGCUGGAAAGAGGUACCAAAGCUCAAAAGACAGCCCAAGGACCAAGCAUACGACCAGUGACCGUGGCCACCCUAGGACUAGAAAUAUAGCCACCAAGAGCCACUUCACCACUGUGUCCUCAGACAGUGGCCUACUUGCCCAGGCUCACAGAAGCUUUUUCUUGAAUAGCCUGAUGGAUGCUGAGAAAGAAUUGGAGGGAGAUCAGCAAAAAGGGACUCUCCUUGGUUCAACUGACGAGAUGCCUGCAGAAACGUUUUGGCACCAGCAGAACUCCAGUCGGCCGGUAGUAGAGCAGGAGGCCAUCUGCAGGCUUGGUCCUGUCAGCCACCAAACAGGAGCUAGACUGGAUACCAAGAUGCCAGUGAGAAGUUCAUUUGACCUGAAUCCUCAAGUCCAGCCCCACUGUGAGCAGCCUGAGUCAGAAGUAGAGGCAAGUAACUCUGAACGAGUCAAUUCUCUGCAAGGCAUGCAACAUUCAAGAGAGAGUCCAUUGGUGUCAAAGGAUUCUUGGUUUUCCUGUGACUCCAAGAUCAGUCCCAGCAGCCCCCCAGCAAUGGUGGGUUCCUCAUGUCCAAGUCCUGAAAUGCAGGAAGUGCAGCCCUGUGGUAGGGAGAGGCCUGGCUACUGGCUAAAUAUUGAAGAACUAAAGUCAGCAGGUGCAGAAACAGUCUUCCCAUGCAGCUCCAAACUUUCCCAAGAUAGUGCUGCGCUACCCUGCCAGUUGGGAAAUGUCUAUACAACCUCUACCACUGAUACAUCCAAGCUCUCUCUUUGGGAAGAAGAAAAGCGUCAACCAGGAGCUGAAGGUGUCCUUCAGGAUGGAGGCAUUGCUGAUGUGACCCAGCAGGGCAACUCUGAAGCCUCCCAGAACUCCAGUGUGUCCAGUGUGCUGGCUGCCUCUGCUGCCUCAUUUACUUAUGUAGGUAACACCUGCGAAAGGGACUGGGUUGCCCUUCAGCAAAAGUACCUCCUUGAACUCUCUCAUCCUGUCGUUGAAGCCAUAGGAGAAUCCAGGGUAGCUUUCCCUUGCCUUGGGAAAGACUCUAGUUUCCUGGCAGAGGCUUCUGGCAAAGGAGGAGGUUCUGUUAUGGCACCUAGUUCUGGAGUAUUCAACAACUUUCAAAUCCAUCAAUCCAAAAUUAGACAUUUAAGAGCAGAGAAAGAACAGGAUAGUUUGAAUGCCAAGUUAGAAAGUACAUCAGAUUUCUUUAGCACUAGUGAGAAAGGGGUGAAUUACAAUGAAACCUAUUCAGCCGACAUAGAGUCGUUGGCUUCUGGAUCUACAAAGGCACAGAUCUUUGCAGCAGAGAACAAGAACAUCAAACAGAACCAAUUUAAAGAGUGCUUUCAGGGUAGUAGGAAAUCUGGAUUGAUAACAUCCUCUCGUGAGUAUUUCUUUCAAAAGAAUUUUUGUCAUAAUUACAUCACCAUAGCCGCCAAAGCGGACCACAGUUGGACUCCUCUCAGGAAACCUAGCAUCAUCCAGUCAGAGCAGUUAAGUCAUGACAGCCACAGUUCCCUGCAGGAAGAGAAGGCAGAAUGCCAGGACAGCUCUCAGGAAGUAGCUGGGAGACAGACAGAUGUUUCCUUUGCCGCUUCCUUGGAUCCAGAGCUGUUCCUCCACUCUGCCCCCUGGAAUUCAUUCCCGUCCUCCCUGCAGCCACCUCCCUUGGAAACAUUCUAUGUGACCAAAAGCAGAGAUGCCCUGACAGAGACCGCCCUGGAGAUUCCAGCUUACAGAGAGUUGCGGGUGCCUUCCCCUCCCCUUAGGGAAGCCUGGGGCUUUCGUCAUGACCACCAAGACCUCCAGAAUGUUUAUUCAGAGAAUAACUUGUCAGUGCUGUCAGGAAACCAGAGUGCCAAGACUGCCUCCUCUCAGCAGGUGACAGCAGAGGUAUCAGUUGAUCUGAAAGCCAGGGAAACUAUCAGAGAAUUAGGGAAAUACCUUGGAAGUGCUAAAGAAGAAAGCAGUAACUCGGAUUCCAUUAAUUUUUUUGUUGCUGAAGACAAACAUUUUAUCUCUUCUACAAGCACAGAAGUAUGUGAAUUUGAGAAUCAAGUUAGCAUUUUAAAUAAAAAGUAUAAUCUUCCUGCAUGCAUGGAGGGAAAAGAGACUGCUGCCCAGUGCUGUGGUAAUGUUUCCUCAGACAGCUCUGGGUCUGGGAAGCCUUUACUACUCAUUUGUGAAUCUGAGACAGGUGGGGAAGAAGAGCAGGAUCAGAUUUCAGUCCUAAGUCAGACCCAGACCCAUGAUACAGGCAGACAGUUUGUCAAGUCUGAUUUCAUCUAUCAACCCCCCAGAUCAGAUCUUGAGAAGGCCAGGCCAGGGGAGGGUAUGGUUUCUUUGAAGUCCAGAACACUACACCAUAGAGAAAGCAGCCCAGUGAUGGUGCAGGAAGAGAAUUUCGCCUGCAAAUGGGAAGGGAAGGAUGGAACUGGGCUUCAGGUAAAAACACUUCAUCUCAAAGACAGCUCAGAGGAGAGUAAACCUGCAGGGACAGAGUCUGUUUAUGACAGAUGCCAGCCAGUUACGUGUUCUCAGGAAAGAGACCUUGGUGCACACAAGGGCCCUGGCCAAGAAAUAUUAUGCCCUAAAGAAGAAACCUCAGGAAAGGAAGAGAGUAAAAGUGUUAGUAGUGCAGAGGAAAUGGCUAGGCUAAUUGAGAGUGUCAUGCAGUUGGAGAGUCGCAUAUUAGAAAUUGGAUCCAAGCAGAAUAUGCAGCUUCAUGCUUCCCAAACAUUGGGAAUUGAUGAAGAGGUUUUGUUCCAGGACCAGGAGAAAACUGGCCAUGUCCUGACGACAGGCAGUCCUGAAGAAUAUUUGAUCUUCAAGGACCAGCAGUACAGACAAGUAGAUGAUAGGAUCUUUACUGAUAAUGAAGCUGAAGAAACAAAGAUUUACGGUAACAUUGCAAAUGAUCCCCAGGCCCAGAAAAUUACCAGGAGCCCCUUCAGGUCCUGGGAGUAUACACAAGAAGGGAAAUUAUUGAGAGCACACACCCACCCUGCCAGAUUAGACCUACCCACCAGGGACACAUGUGAUUCUUUAGGGAUGUCCCCAGGUCACAGAGAAUCCACCAGUACUUCUUUUCACCAAAGGAGAAUGAAAGAACUAGUUGAAGCUCUGCCGUUGCUGUCUAGGCCUGAGAGGUCUUUUGAGAGUGACAAGUCAAUAGAGGCAUCAGUGAGCCCCAGUCUCAGGCUUGGAAAAAAGCCUUCAGACUUGGAAAAGGAAUUAAAGACUGUGGAAGACUUUAACGAAGGCCACAUUGCCAACCACGUGAGUAGUUCCAAGCCAGAAGAAUCAAAACCUCAAGACCGUGUUGGAGUGAUGGCUGUGCGAAACGAUGGAGGCCUUCAGGAAGAAAGUGAAGUGGUCUCAUUAGUCCAGGAACUUCCUGGUCCAUGCCAGCUUUGUAUGAGCACAUCUUUCAGCCCAGAGACUAUUUGCCCGUUACUGAGCCAGACAGGCUUCACCGCAGCUCCUUCUCCCCUGGGCAUAAGUGAUACAUCACCCUUGAUUUCUCCAAGACCACCGAAAUACCAUCUCCAUGCCCCUGUUACUACAGAUGCUUCUUUGGAUUUGCUGGAUCCCACAAGAUUGAAAAUUCAUGAGACUCCAUUGGUACCAGGGCAUCAGGACCAGAAUGGAGAGACUGGAAUCCAUUUCCAUGAGGAAAAUGUUAGAGGGGCCUUCUCUGUGGAGCACACUGCUUAUCAUGCAUCUGCAAUAUCCAUGGCUCUGAGCUGUGGGGAUAUUCUUCUAGGGAUAGAGGACAAGAUAUCAAGCACAAGUCCCCAGGACCUAGAAAGAAACCUCAGAAUCACCUCAGUGGGUUUCAGUGACAGGGAAGGUUUUACUUCCAGGACUGAGGCCUCUCUACAACAGGAAUCAAGAACCAGUACUUUGGACAGGAUCUCUAGGCAGUUUGAAAAGAGGGUCCAUUUCACCUUAGAUGAUGGUAAUGACCAAGGCAGGCAGUCAAGGCAGAGGGAAGAGGAGGAGGCUGAGGAUCUUGAACGCAGUGGUGUAUUCUUAACAUCUGCUUCCUUGCCCAGAGUGCCCAAUCCAGAGCCCAGCCUAUUGGAACCUUCUAUCCAUGCAUCUGUGUGCCUGGCUAUCUUGGAAGAGAUCAGACAGGCAAAGGCCCAAAGAAAGCAGCUCAGUGACUUUGUAGCAGAGGAGACUGCCCUGCCUCAUCGUGAAACUUUACCUGACUUCUCUUCAAGGGCCGCUGGCCAAUCUUACUAUGAACAAAUGGAUCAUCUUGUGUUAUACAGGACAAGAAGUGAGGGUGAAGUGCAGGAAUUUCCCAUGUCAUGUCCAUCUGUAGCAACCAACAAGAGGAAAGGCCAGAUCAUACCCACUGCUGCAGACAGCCUUCACAUUCUGCCCAACACUGAAUCUGAAAGAGGGCCCUGCCAUCCUUCACACGCUUCCUCUCCUCCCGCCUCUCUUGCAGACAAAGAAUGCUGUACUAGAGAACUAAAGCCUUCUCUGGGAGGAGACAAGCAGUUCAUGGGUUGCUUGAGCUCUUCUGAAACCACGGAGAGAAAGACAGAGGCAAGAACACUCACCUUUGCUGAUCCUCUGGCCUUGGGCAGUUUUCUUUCUGCAAGAGCUGUAGAAGGAGUCAGGGGAUACAUAUCAGAGAAAGCCAUGGUUGCCUUAUCUCCUAAGGCUUAUUGUGACGAUGCUGAAAUGAUUCCAUGUAGACAGAGUCACUUUGCUGCAUGGGAGCAUGCAGAAGACAUGUAUCCUGGCAGGCAGAACAGCAGUCCAGAGCACCAGGAACCUAGAACUGUGGAUUCUGCAUAUGGAGAACUUUCAGGUAACUUUCUAAUGACUGUACAAGAAGGUCAUUUUGAAAAUCAGCCUGUGGCCUGUUAUGUUCAAAAUUCUGCAUAUCUCUUAGCCCCUAAGCAAGAUCAUGUCCAAUACUCUGAGUCUUCCACUGGGUUAGAAGGGAAGGCAUGUCCCCAACAACAUGCUAUUCUCCCAGGAUCCCUGAGUGAAGUUGAACUAUCUCCUACAUAGUGGUAUGUGGUUUGGAAACAGCGUAUUGGGUUUGGACUGACACUCAGGGCUGGCAACAAACAUCCUAGACCACCUCUAUUGCCAGAUCAAAGACCUAGCAUAAGUACUGGGGGAGUGAGGGAGGAGGCCCCUUGUAGAUACCCAAAGGAACUAGAUUGCUUUGUUUUCUCAGGGAGCGCGCAAGGCAGCAGGACACUCAGCCCAUCUAGAGGGGAAGAAAACAAAACUCUUUGUCGAGAACCAUGCAAUUUUCAACCCGUUGCUGUUCAUGCCUGGCCUUCUUCUUCCUCCAACUCUUCAUGUUACAGAGAUGGUGAUCCAGAGAAGAGGACCAAGGCUGUUUUGCAUACUGUUCACUCACCCCAUGUACUACAUUCUAGGACCUGUGACAUGAAUGAGAAAGGUCAGAGCUCCUACAGGGAACCGGAAGUGCUCUUGGCAUAUACCCUUGAGCUGAGAGGUGUCAAUAUGGAAUGUGGGCCAGCAGACAGCACUGCUGUUGAGCCCUCGACUACAACUGCAAAAGGUGACCGCUCACUUUCUGUCCCUGAAGCUAGGGCAGAUUCCUUUAGCCAUUUGGGUGCUAAUGAAAGCUCAAGGCUACCAAGGAAUCCUGAGAAAAAGAUUGCUAAGAAAGGCAUCACAGAACUUGGGUCUGACUCUACCCAUGAAGACAAGCGCUCUAAGCCACUCAGGAAAUCUCAGCGUAGCUCUGUAGGUGGCCAGAGCACACAGGCGUUUCAUACUGUGCCACAACCACCUCCUGCAACUUGGGGGUCAUCACACCCCAUGAAUGUAAGUGGGGACUCUCUUGACAGUGAGCUGGUGGUAGAGCCACACCAUGAAUGUUUAGAAAAUACUGCCAUGUGCCUUUCAGAAAAAACUGGACUUUCCACUGAGGCCAAGGAUCAAAGUUGCUUGAAUUCCCAAAGCAAGUUUGUAACCAGGUUAAAACUUGUGGACAGUCCUCAGGCAGAAAGUACCUGGGAGGAGGAAGAGCAGCAGAGGGACGAGGCUUUAGGUGGCGGUGAAGAGCCUGCUCAUGGCGAGGAUCCCACACCUUCUGAAGAAGGCCCGGUUAGAGGUAGUGGGAUAAAGGAGGCAGCUGUGACGGAGUCUCCUGUAUCUAACUUGUUCUCAUCAGAUUUCAGACCACAUGAAGCCCUGCAACCAGCUGCCCACCACAGAAGCUCACUUCCUGUGAUUGCAGUCUUUUGUGGUCCCAGACACUCCAAGACCUCCCCUAGACCACAGUUCUCUGUGGUCAGCUCUUCUCGAUCUCUUCAGGAGCUUAAUUUGAGCGUGAGGCCACUUUCUUCUUCAGAUGAAGACAUGCAGAAGGCUAACAGAUUGUUGAUCCCUCAUCUCCGGGGUGAGGGUGCUUUCCCUGUGAGCUUAGUACCAAGAGCAUCUGUGAAGGCUGAGGACUGUGGUCAGAAAUCCUCGUCUGACUUGGCUGAUGACCCUGCUGGUCACUUGCUUCUGAAACCUGACAUCCCACCUCAUCUAGCUUCUUCCACUGCCUUGUGCAUGCCAGCCACCAGUUUUAUGACCAGCAGGAUGUCUGUUUCUUUAGAACCAACCCAGCAAAGAAAGCCAAAGAGACAGGAUGAGUCAGGUAAUUGGAACUCUCAGGUGAUCAAAGGAAUGUCACACGUGACCUCCAGUGGCAUCCAGCCCCCUGUCCUGCCACAGUGUUCAGAAGAGCCUGUGGGCAUCAACUGGAAGCAACAUAUGCUUGGCAGUGUGGUUGAUAGCUCCUGUAGCCAGAAACCUCAGGGCCUCACAUUAUCAGAUAAUACACUCCUGGCCCAGUCCUCCAGCAUGGAUAAUGGUUCAGAAGACCAGAACUCGCUGGUCUACUCCCACCCCUGCUCCUGUGCCAAAACCCUGGACCUGGUGGGCUCACACAACACCACUGAGAAUGCCCUUGGUUCAGAUGAGGCCUGCCAAGUAUGCCCCUCCUCAUUUGAUGGGGAACCCAAUGUCGUGACUGACCCUGAAGGACUAGCCCCUACGUUGGAUCCUGACAAGAGAGCUCAGUUCAAGGGCUGCCCUGAUGAGGUGGGCUGCCUGAAGCAUGAGCUCCCCAUGGCUGGAGAAAGUACUGUAGGUCCAGUGGAGGAGAUGCUGCUGCUAUAUACAUCAGAGGCAGGCUACCCUGGGGGACUGGGAAGGAUGAACACCUUUGAGCAGAGCACACAGACCGUGAGCUGCAGGUGCCCCUGGAGCCGUACCGAGCUCACCUCUACUGAGCCUGAAGCCAGUACCAUGUCAGGCUUUGAUCUGGCCUCCUGGACCAGUAUGCAUAACCUGUCUGUCCACCUCUCACAGCUCCUGCAUAGUACCUCAGAGCUGCUCAGGAGUCUCUCCCAGCCAAGUGUGACCAAAAAACAACACAACACGGAGAAGGACACCCUUGAAAAGGCCUCCCUGGCCCUGAUGAUGGACGGCUCUACUCAGACCACUCUAGAUAAGGGCAGCCAGACUGACCUGGCCUUACCUGCUCUGUGCAUGCAAAACCAAGAGGCCAAAGUUCAGGAAGCCAACAUGAUCCUCGAAGUGUUGGGCUCAGAGACUGAGACUGUGUCUCAAGACAAAGGAGAUGUCUCAGGAAUACUUCAGAAGGGAGAGAGAGAAGCAGCAGUGGGGUCCCCAGAUCUUCAGGAAGAAAGUGCUCACUGCAGGGCCCAGAGCCCUCCAGGACCUACACCCUGCUUGAGGGUUUACAAGUCCCCCCUGGGGCAGGACCUCCAUUCUGUGAGCUCCCCAGCUUCUCUGGAUGCUUCCCUGUGGCCCAGCUCACAGCCAAAGGAAUCUUCUUGUGUAGUUAACAGCAGCCCCAGCCCCAUCAUCUCUCAGUUGCCAGUGUCCUUCCCCAGUCCUUCAGAGUCUGGUGUAGAACCCAGCGUGCAGAAGCAGCUGAGCCCCAUGAGUGCCUUGUUGGUGGAUAGAGCUUCUUCCCCAAUCUUUAGUGUCAGCACCCAUGAGUUGGGUCUCCACCGGGGCUCUCCAACACUUUCAGUUCCCUCACCUCCCCCUCUGGAAAGUCACCAAAAGCUGGACUGCAGCCCAGACCUUCCUUUCAGUGCCCCAAGGGCUGCCAUGGAUAAUUGUUCUCAAACCACUGAUAAGUCAGGGGUUUCCCAGAGAAUGGAGACUCUGGGGGAAGGCACAAAUCUCUCAGAAAGGAGUAGUGGGAAAUUAUUCUUUGAAUUAAACUCCUUGGACAGCCCACAGCAGAGCCCAGGACUCCAAGUUAGUUGCUUAGAGCAGGCCCCCCAACAGCUUCAGCCUCAGAGUGACAUCAGGAUACCAAGCAGAUGCCCACCUCCGCCACCCAGGCAUGAGAGCCAGAGGUGGGCUGACAGCUUUGUGCUGUUGGCUUCUCCAGAGCAUAGCCCACCGAACAGUAAGGAGCCAAGCCAGCAGAGCAGGCCAGAAAAUGGGGCUGAGAGUCCGGCAUCUUUGAUAAAACAGCAGCCCACUCUAGAUGCUUCUUCCUCGUGGGGAGGCUUCCCACACCUCAACCCCUGUCCUGACUCUGAGUUGACUGAUACAGUAGGGCUCCACAGUCCCACCUUGGGCCCACUUCAAGCCAGCCAACCUGAAGGGCUAUUAUGCCCCAGUUCCAAGAUGUGUCUGUCUCCUGAGCCCCAGCAUCACAGCCUGGGGGACAUCCCAGUGCAUAACAAGUUUAGUAACUGGUAUGGGGUUCAGGAUGGCUCUUCUGGGGGAUUGAGUGUGACUGUAGAGCUUGGGGCCAGCUGUGACCUUGGCUCUGGAGAGCAGGGGCAGAGGCCUCCCCCUCCUGAUGACCAGAGCUGGAAUCCUGGUUGGUCCCAGAGGGAUCUGAUCCCCCUGCAGACUGGAACACAGACCGUCUCACUCAGCGUAGAACUUGCAGAAGCAAAACUACACCACGGCUUUGGAGAGGCGGAUGCUCUGCUUCAUGCAUUGCAGAGUGAGACUGGGGAGGCAGUUACUCUUGCUGCUCCCGUGAUGUCCACCUGGGAGAAGCUGCAUGUUCGGCAAAAGAAAACCAUCGAAACCCUCAGAAGACAGCAGGCUGAUCGACUUGAGAACUUCCGGCGGGCACGGAGCCUCAGCCCGCAGAAAAAGCUGAGUCUCCUGCCCAGCAGGUUUCUUCCCUUCCAGGACCUGGAGUUGCCCAGCAGGCGCCGAGAAUACCUGCAGCAACUGAGGAAAGACGUCGUGGAGACCACCAGGAACUCAGAGUCGGCAUUAAAAGCUGUGCAUCCGCCUUCUGACAUAGCGCUAAUGCUGCAAGAAUACCAGCGGGCCCGUGAGGAGGCCAAGGUGGAGAUUGCUCGGGCCCAGGACCGCCUACGGGAGCAGACAGAACAAGAGAAGUUGAGAAUCCGCCAACGGAUCAUUUCACAGCUGCUGAGGGAAGAGGUCAAACUGCACACACUGGCCAACUCUAGCUCCCCGUGCUCCAGCUCCAGUGGAAGUGUCUCCUCUGGCAUCACUUCUGGCUACAAUAGCAGUCCAGCGCUAGCAGGCCAGCUGCAGUCCCCGGAGAGUGUGGGGGACACAAACUUGUCUGAUUCCAAAGACAUCUGGCUGGAAAAUGAGCGAGGGCGUUCUGCCCAGAGGAGCAGCCACCCGUAUCUGGCCCAAUCUGCCUACAAGCGCCGACCUUCCCAGAGCAGUUGCUGCUGUUCUCCAACCAGCCUCUCCAUCCCAGCGACCUGCUUCUCCUCCUCCUCCUACCAGGAUCUGGCCAAACACGUCGUGGACACUUCUAUGGCGGAUGUAAUGGCUGCUUGCUCUGAUAACCUGCACAACCUCUUCAGCCGCCAGGCAGCAGCUGGCUGGAACUACCAUGGCGAGGAGCAGGAAGUGCAGCUUUACUACAAGGUGUUUUCUUCUACUCGGCACGGCUUCUUGGGGGCAGGUGUGGUGCCACAGCCAGUGUCACAUGUGUGGGCAGCUGUGAGUGACCCCACGCUAUGGCCCCUGUUUCAUAAGCCCAUCCAGACAACAAGGCUGCAUCAGCGGGUGACCAACAGCAUCAGCCUGGUUUACUUGGUGUGCAACACUGCCACAUGUGUGCUGAAGCAGCCACGGGACUUCUGUUGUGUCUGUGUGGAAGCCAAAGAGGGAGCCCUGUCUAUCAUGGCAGCUCAGUCUGUGUAUGACAGAACCAUGCCAAGACCCAGCAAAAAUAUGGUCCGAGGAGAAAUCCUACCCAGUGCCUGGAUCCUGCAGCCUGCCACUGUGGAAGGAAAGGGCAUCACCAGAGUCGUCUACUUGGCCCAGGUAGAACUUGGUGCUCCCGGCUUCCCCCCUCACCUGCUGAGCUCCUUUAUCAAACAGCAGCCACUGGUCAUAGCCAGACUGGCUUCCUUCCUUGGCAGUUAGCAUCUCUCCGUCAAGACGGUGCUGCUGAGACGCAGGCCCAGGGUGCUCCAGAGAUGCUGUGGCUGCCCUUCCCCCUCUCCCCCUUCGUAUACCCUGAUGUGAGCAGUGAGGCACACGGCUGGGGCUGACUGGGCAGACAGGCCAGGACUGCUGGCAAAACCCAGCUUGUGCUUGGACAUAGUUGGUGCCACUGCAGACCAAGCUCUGACCCUGGCUGUGUGAGGUGAAUGAAGUUCACCUCAACUUCUGGAUUCUCGCCUUUAUUUUCUGUCUCCAAGACUCCGUGACCAGCAGCAGGCUCUGCUCCAAGACCAGGAGGGCAUAGGCAGCAGAGCAGAGUGAAGCACUCCGGCAAGGGGCUUCCUCUGGGCAGUCCAGCUCUCAGGCUAGCAGCAAAGUCAGCGGCCAUUGGCCAAGUCUCUGCUCCGGAUCUGCCUCCCACAUCCUGAUCCUCUGGGAUGGAGCGUCAAGAAAACAUCAAAACAGACUAAUGGGUUAAAAAAAAAAAAUAACUGCACAAAC